UCCAUGUGAGAGCGGUAGCUGCUGGUAAACACUCCCCGGGGCUCGGACAUGGCUCCCGGCGGUGCCCGUUAGACCUGGCCGCGGCGGUUCGCUCCGGACGCUUCUGCUUAUUGUGCUGCUCGCGGCCUCGCUUACACGUCGCUGCGGGCGCCCUCGGGCCGACGGGGGCGGGGGUCUGGUCUCCUCGCCCCUGUGAGCGAGGCCGACGGCCUGGGAGGCUCGGGCUGCUCCGCGGCUUUACAAUCCUGCCCCGCUGAGCCAAAACAAAGAAGCGGCAGAGGCGCCCCCGCCCCACACGCACCCGGAGAGCGGGCGGGAGCCGCGGCCGGCAGCCUCCCGAGCGGCCGGCAGCCGCGCACCAUGUGGAUCCAGGUCCGCACCAUAGACGGCACCGAGACCCAGACCAUCGACGACCUGAGCCGCCUCACCAAGAUAGAGUGUCUGCGGGAGAAAAUCCAGGAGAGCUUCCGAGUGAGCCCCGAGCGGCAGCGCCUCUUCUACCGGGGCAAGCAGCUGGAAGAUGGACAUACUUUAUUCGAUUACAAUGUUGGACUAAACGACAUCGUUCAGCUUUUGAUACGGACUGAGUCUGAUGCUCCUACCACUUCCUUGACUAAUAAGGAUGGAGAAGUCAACCCGUGUGCUGUUGCCAACUGUAAGAACAAAGUCAAGAGAACAACAGGGAGUGGAUCGCCCAAUCAGCCAUCUACAUCUGCUCGGUCAUUUCUCAUUGAUCCUGGCAUUGGAUUGUAUAAGAUAAAUGAAUUGGUGGAUGCCCGUGAUGUCAGCAUUGGAGCCUGGUUUGAAGCUCACAUAGAAAAUGUAACCCGAGCAACAAAAGGACAUAAGAAUGGUAAAGCUCAAGCAAAAAGUGGCAAUACUUACAGAAGGACUAAUGGAAACUUAAGCCAAGAUCAUUCUAGAGAGAAUACAAAUAAUUUGGACAGUGCACCUUCAACAUCUUAUUCAGACUGUAUGGACACUGAUGAAGAUGCUAUUUAUCAUAUCAAGUAUGAUGAGUAUCCAGAGAAUGGUAUAGUAGAAAUGCGUGCCAAUAAUCUUCGACCACGAGCAAGAACCAUUUUGAAGUGGAGUGAACUCAAUGUGGGUGAUAUGGUGAUGGUUAACUACAAUGUAGAGACUCCAGAAGAGAGAGGAUUCUGGUUUGAUGCAGAAAUUACCUCUCUGAGGGAAAUCUCAAGGACUAACAAAGAAGUUCAUGCCAAAAUUCUUCUGGGAGGCCCAGAAGACGUAAUAAAUGAUUGUAAAAUCAUUUUUAUAGAAGAAAUGUACAAGAUUGAAAAGCCAGGAGCUUAUCCACUGACAUUUGGGGAUGGAGAUUUCAAAAGAAAGAGUGGCCCUGAGUGCAAGCACUGUAGGGCAGACCCAGAUACAGAAUGUCGCUUUUGCUCCUGCUAUUUGUGUGGUGGAAAACAGGAUGCUCACAUGCAACUUCUGUGCGAUGAAUGUAAUAUGGCCUACCAUAUAUACUGCCUGAAUCCACCUUUAAGCAAGAUACCAGAAGAUGAGGACUGGUACUGUCCUUCCUGCAAAAAUGAUUCUAAUGAAGUUGUAAAGGCUGGGGAAAAGCUCAAGCAGAGUAAAAAGAAAGCAAAGAUGCCAUCUGCCAGUACUGAGAGUCAGCGAGACUGGGGCAAGGGUAUGGCUUGUGUUGGUCGUACUAAGGAAUGCACUAUUGUUCCUUCUAACCACUAUGGACCUAUACCUGGCGUUCCUGUUGGAACAACCUGGAAAUUCAGAGUUCAGGUGAGUGAAGCAGGCGUUCACAGACCCCAUGUUGGCGGAAUCCAUGGACGCAGUAAUGAUGGAGCUUAUUCACUUGUGCUGGCCGGAGGAUUUGAAGAUGAAGUGGUACGUUUUUUAUCCAAACCAAUGUCAAGACUUCUGUUAUACGUUUUUAGGGCACUGGCCCUAAACUGUGAUGCUCCAUUGGAUGAUAAAAAUGGAGCAGAGUCUAAGAAUUGGAGAGCUGGUAAACCAGUUCGAGUGGUGCGCAGUUCUAAAGGACGAAGGAUCAGCAAAUACGCCCCCGAGGAAGGCAAUAGAUAUGAUGGCAUUUAUAAGGUGGUGAAAUAUUGGCCAGAAAUUGGAAAAUGUGGAUUCUUAGUUUGGCGUUAUCUUCUGAGAAGAGAUGAUGUUGAACCUGCGCCUUGGACCUCAGAAGGAAUAGAACGGUCAAAGAAAUUGGGUCUGAAUGUACAGUAUCCAGAAGGUUAUCUGGAAGCCAUGGCUAGUAAAGAGAAGAAAGAUAAGGUUAAAAAGCAAACUGUGAAACAGGAGCCAACCAGACAGAGCAAUGGAAACCAGAAACGGUCAAUUGAUAAUGUAGGUAUAGAGGAGCCUAAAAACACAUCCAAAACCAUGAGAAUGGGAGAUGGAGGGAAAGGAGAGGCUUUUCAGCUAACCCAGCAACAGCAGUGGCUGAUAAGAGAAGACUGUCUGAACCAGAAACUGUGGGAUGAAGUGCUUGCUUCACUUAAGGAAGGACCAAAUUUUCUGAAGAAACUGGAACAAUCCUUUAUGUGUGUCUGCUGCCAGGAGCUGGUUUACCAGCCAGUGACAACAGAGUGCCUCCAUAACGUCUGUAAAAGCUGUUUACAGCGCUCCUUCCGAGCUGAAGUCUUCACCUGCCCUGCCUGCCGCCAUGACCUUGGGAAGGGCUACACCAUGGUUCCCAACAAGAUACUGCAGACACUACUUGACCAGUUCUUCCCUGGGUACAGCAAAGGACGAUGAUAUGUUCAGCUCCUACCUGACUUCUCCCAGUGACUAUAGACAAUAAAGGAGAAUAAACAUGGGAAAUUCAACAGUGGACCAGCCAACUUGAUGGGACUCAACAUAUUGUCACAUUCUGAAGCAGCUCUCUUCCCCCUACAGCCAUCUCUUUGUGUAGUGAGAACUCAAAUUCUCAGCUGUCUUUCACCAUCAAAGGUAGUCUUGGCCAGUUGACAACUAGUUUUUAAAACAGAAAAAGAAAAGCCUCAGCUCUGACUGGCCAACUGUAGCUGAUGCUUAAAUUAUGUUGGUUUUUUGUAACUACCUCAGGACAGAGGAAGAUAAUUUGUGGGGAUUAAAAGAAGUUCAGUGAAGUUUUAGCUACACACUGCCUCCUGAAUAUUAGUUGUGCCUGGUCCAGGCAGUUUGAUUUACAAAAAAAACAAAACAAAAAAAAAAAGCAGC